UGGUGUAUCAUUUAAUUAUAUUUCGCAUUCCUAGGUACCUAGGUAGUUUUACAUGUCCACUGUUGAAAAUAAAACUACCAUUUCGCGCGAGCGAUCACGAUACCUGUGCCUAUACGUGAGCGUAAAGCAGUGAAGAGCAGGCUUAUAGCAUUAUAGGAAAGGUUGAAAGAAUGGGACUUACUCCAUUUGCGCGGCGAAUGGCUAUCCACCUAGGCAUUCUCCUACCGGAGAUUUUGCUGUCCUGUCCCAAGCGCACCUAGGCCUAUGAAAAAUUGUCGGCCGGCUUACCCCUCAUUGCAAUAUUUGUCUCACCUAGUGGCAACUAGUAGCUUUCCUGAAUCGUCUACAGACCGACUUUAUAUGAGAACCAUUAACACACUCGAGCAUAUGUGUGUUUCGAAUAGCGACUCUCCAAUAAAUGAGCGAAAACAAUGGCAUCUAAUGGGGAAUUGGAAAUACUUCCCGAGCAGGUGGAAUAUGGUACAGUCCUUCAUGAAGCACGGAGCCGAGAUCGGGCGCGACAGCGUAACUAUGGCAAGGUGCAGCACCGUAAGUUCACCGGAUAUGACCAAUCAUUACCGAUGGUCAUCUAUGGUUUCCGAGAGGAGACUGUGCAUGGCAGGUCGACGGACGGGCGGCCGCAUACAUUGGUGAUAUUUCGAUGGAGUCUACAACAGAGGAAAAGGGGGCGACGCUUCAAGUCAGCACGGCUGAAAGCUGUUUUCAGGACAACGCGCACCCGCGACAUAUCUUUGGGGGGCGGCCGUGACGUUUGCUACGACCCACACGUCGUGACAGCGGAGCCUAACGGGUCCUACUCCUUGCUGCCUGAUAGUGUCACUAUCUCUCGCACGCGAGGUCUCGAGGCGGGUGUAGAGGGUGGUGGAGAGUUCGCUAAAGGCGUAGCUAAGACUACCUACGAACUAUCGACAACAGCGACCGGAGUCGACCAAAUCGUCAUUAACGGAGCUGAGCGUAAUGAGUACAGCGCUAGCGACCGGACGAAGAUAAACGAUCCGGAUCGUUGCAACGUUGCCGAAUGGUAUUUAUUUGAAAAUGCAACAACACAGAGCGGCCUACCUACCUUCUUCCGGACCGCCGUUCUACUUGAACGACGCGAAGGAGAUACCGCACAAUUUACAGCCAAAUUUAGUAUUCAUGCUGAGGUCGAUGCUUUGACGGACGUUUGGACCAAUUUUAAACGAGUCAUUGGGCUCAUUCAACCCGACGAUCCUAUCAUAUUCGACCCUAGCGUCGAAGAGCGUGGGCGGUUAACGGCUUUUAAGCACGAGCUCGACAGGGCUCCUAUUAUUGAUGGGUGCAAGUUUGUCAUGUUUAAAAAUGAUUCGGCGGCUGAAAUGGACAGCGACAGCGAAAAGAAUGGUGAAAAAAAAGCGCAGGGCGAUACGUCUGAAGAUGCGAGUGACGCAGACGAAAUUAGCGAGAUAAAUGAGGCUGAGUAAGGUGUGGAAGGAUUCAGUAACUCCGAGCAGAUACCCCAAAUAUUUGUCCUAUCCUAGCCCUCCUGCCUUCUUCCUCGUUUAUAUCGCCGAUGUCUGAUGUCAGCGGCUUCGUUUCGAGGUCCUCUCUACCUAGGUACGACGAAGCGGGGUUAAUAUUACUCAGAUACCUACCUACAUAGGGCAAAAAAAAAAAA